AUGACAAAUAUGUUAAUUAGACCAACAAAGGAAGAAUUAGAAAAUUUUGGUGAACCAGAUUUCACAGUUUGGAAUGCAGGUCAAUUUCCUGCAAACAAAAAUACAGAAGAUAUGACAUCAAAGACAACAGUUGAAAUUAAUUUUAAAGCAAUGGAAAUGAUUAUUUUAGGUACAGAAUAUGCAGGUGAAAUGAAAAAGGGUAUCUUUACAGUUAUGUUUUAUUUAAUGCCAGUUCAUCAUAAAGUUUUAACUUUACAUUCUUCAGCAAAUCAAGGUAUUCAAGAAGGUGAUGUUACAUUAUUUUUUGGGUUAUCAGGUACAGGUAAAACAACAUUAUCAGCAGAUCCACAUAGAUUAUUAAUUGGUGAUGAUGAGCAUUGUUGGUCAGAUAAUGGUGUCUUUAAUAUUGAAGGUGGUUGUUAUGCAAAAUGUAUUGAUUUGUCGGAAGAAAAAGAACCAGAAAUCUUUAAUGCAAUUAAAUUUGGUUCUGUCCUUGAAAAUAUUGUUUAUGAUCCAGCUACUCGUGUUGUUGAUUAUGAAGAUAAAUCAAUUACAGAAAAUACAAGAUGUGCUUAUCCAAUUGAAUAUAUUCCAAGUGCAAAAAUUCCAUGUUUUGCAGAUGCUCAUCCAAAAAACAUUGUUUUAUUAACUUGUGAUGCUUCUGGUGUAUUACCACCAAUUUCAAAACUAACUCCUGAACAAGUAAUGUAUCAUUUUAUUUCAGGUUAUACAUCAAAGAUGGCAGGUACGGAACAAGGUGUUACUGAACCAGAACCAACUUUUUCAUCAUGUUUCGGUCAACCAUUCUUAGCUUUACAUCCAAUUAGAUACGCAACUAUGUUGGCAGAAAAGAUGUCUAAGCAUAAUGCUAAUGCCUGGUUAAUUAAUACCGGCUGGACCGGUGCUUCUUAUGUAUCUGGUGGUAAACGUUGUCCAUUGAAAUAUACUAGAGCUAUAUUAGAUUCUAUUCAUGAUGGAACCUUAGCACAAGAACAAUAUGAAACUUUACCUGUAUUCAAUUUACAAGUACCAACACAUGUUUGUGAUGUUCCACCUGAAUUACUAAACCCAAUGAAAAAUUGGGCACAAGGUGAAGCUAAAUAUAAUACAGCUGUUACGAAUUUAGCAUCAUUAUUUGUUGAAAAUUUUCAUACUUAUGAAGAUAAAGCUACUCCAGAUGUAUUAGCAGCAGGACCACAAUUUUAA